CUAAAUUCAUUGCUCAGUCAGGCUUGUGUAUUGUUAGCUUAGUGGCCGUACAUUUUUCGUUUCGUGCAUUUUCUGGGCAAUACUUUUCAAUAACUGACAGGUGAAAAAUGGAAUCCCACUUGGAAGAUCGUGACAGGGUAGGAGUUGCAGACGCUGUGCUACUGGAAGAUUUCACCAACGAAAAUGCCUUUGUUAAUAAUUUGCAAAAGAGAUUCGAUGAGGAUGUGAUAUAUACUUACAUAGGUCCAGUCCUUGUCAGUGUAAAUCCAUACAAGGAAUUAAACAUAUACACUACGGCGGAUGUUAAAGCAUACGAAAAAAAGAACUUUUUUGAGGUACCGCCACAUGUCUAUGCCAUCACAGAUACAGCUUAUCGGUCACUAAGGGAGGAGAAUCGCGAACAAUGCAUAUUGAUUUCAGGCGAAUCUGGCUCAGGAAAAACAGAAGCAUCCAAGAAAGUCCUCCAAUAUAUUUCCGAAGUAACAGAAAGGAAGGGAGAAAUUGAAAAAGUUAAAAAUAAGCUUCUAGAUUCCAAUCCUGUUCUGGAAGCUUUUGGUAAUGCUAAAACUAAUAAAAAUGAUAACUCUAGCCGUUUUGGAAAAUUUAUGGAUAUACAAUUUAAUUUUGAAGGUAAUCCAGUUGGUGGAAAUAUUUUAAACUAUCUCCUUGAAAAAUCGAGAGUUAUCAGCCAAGCUCCUGGUGAGAGAAACUUUCAUAUUUUCUACCAGUUAUUAAAAGGAGCAACCCAAGAAACACUUUCAAAAUUGUCGCUAAAAAGGGACCUUGGAGCUUACUACUACUUAUCAAAUGGAGAACGCUCUCAAGAUUUUAACAGCAACGAUUUGGCCAAUUUCAAUGAAAUUCAACGGGCACUUUCUACGCUUGAAUUCAGCCAAGAAGUGCAAAACGAUAUAUUCACUAUAAUAUCUGCCAUUUUGCAUUUGGGAAACGUCGGUUUUUCAGAGGCAGAGGGCAAGGCAGUUAUACUUAAGCCCGAUUUAGUUGAAACCAUUGCGAAACUUCUAAACUGUGAUAGCGAAAAACUACAACUUUCACUAGUCCAAAGAACUAUUGAAACCAUAAGAGACGUGGUUACGACCCCUCUGGACAGAGAGUUAGCUAUUUAUGCCAGAGAUGCAUUGGCAAAGGCUGUGUACGAUAGACUAUUUACUUGGCUAGUGAAACGGAUUAAUAGGUCUCUACAACCUAGUGAUACAAGACGAAUCAGCGUUAUGGGCAUUUUGGAUAUUUACGGAUUUGAAAUUUUCCAGAAAAAUAGAUUUGAACAAUUGUGUAUCAAUUUUUGUAACGAGAAACUGCAGCAAUUAUUUAUCGAAUUAACACUUCGAUCGGAACAAGAUGAAUAUCAAAAGGAAGGUAUCCAAUGGGAACAUGUCACCUAUUUUGAUAAUAAAAUUAUCUGUGAUUUGAUUGAAGAGAAGCAUAAAGGUUUGAUCGCAUUUAUGGAUGAAGAAUGUCUCAGACCAGGUGAUCCCAAUGACCUGACUUUAUUGGCAAAACUUGACAAGCAAUUAAGCUAUCAUAACCAUUACAUAAGCCAUAAGAAGGCAGACGUGAAGCUUCAAAAAAUUAUGGGCAGAGAUGAAUUUCGACUUAUUCAUUACGCAGGAGCAGUAACGUACAACGUAAAAUCCUUCAUAGAGAAAAACAACGAUUUGCUAUAUAGAGAUUUGAGAGAAGCAAUGUGCAGCUCCUCUAACAGUAUUCUACAAUCGAUCUUUACUGAAUCAGAACAAAGAAGCAAAAAAAUGCCCGAAACUGCAAUCACUCAAUUUAAAAAUUCACUAAACAAUCUGAUGGUCAUAUUGAAGGACAAAGAACCAUCGUAUAUUAGGUGUAUCAAACCCAACGAAUUCCAAAAAUCAGGCGUUUUCGAUGUGGAAAUUGUGAAACAUCAAGUCACUUAUUUGGGACUGAUGGAAAACUUGAGAGUGAGAAGGGCCGGUUUCGCAUACAGGCGAACGUACGAGUUGUUCUUGAGGAGGUACAAAAGUUUGUGCAAAGACACUUGGCCGAAUUACCGUGGAAGUGCCAAAGAUGGUGUUCAACAUUUGGUGUGUUCUUUAGGAUAUGAAGCUGAAGAAUAUCAAAUGGGAAAGACAAAAAUCUUUAUUAGACAUCCUCAAACGCUCUUCCGUACCGAAGAUGCUUUUCAAGUGAAAAAACACGAUAUUGCUUCAAUCAUCCAAGCCAAUUGGAAGGGAUUAUUACAACGAAAACGUUAUAUAAAAAUAAGAGAAUCAGUGAUUGUUUUACAAAAAUACAUCAGAAGAUAUUUAGCUAAAACGAAUGCCAAGAGGAGGAGGCAGGCAGCCAUGACAAUAAGAUCCUUUAUUCGAGGAUUUAUCACUCGUAACGAUCCACCAAACGAAGACAACCGAAAAUUUAUUUUAGCCACAAAAAUCAACUGGAUCCAGCGAUUGGCUAAAAAUCUUCCACAAAAUAUUUUAAACAGAACUUGGCCUCCGUAUCCAGUAAUUUGCCAAGACGCUUCCAAUCAACUGGAAGUUAUGUAUGCUGCCAAUCUCUCCAGAAGAUACAGAUUGGCCCUAACACCAGAACGAAAACGUUUACUGGAGUUAAAGGUUUUGGCAGAAAAAUUAUUCAAAGAUAAGAAAAAGAGUUACUCGCUCAGCGUACCUCAAAUAUUCCAAGCUGAUCGUGUCCCCGAACACGCUUUGGCCUUAAAAACUUCUUACUCUGGACAACUAAAUGGAGACAAGGAAAUGUAUGCUACAUCAGUAAUGAAAUACGAUCGUCACGGUUACAAACCAAGAGAACGAAUUAUGAUUAUUACUCAAAAUAAUCUUCACGUUUUGGAAUGUAAAGGGUCCGUGAAGCAAAAACACGUAUUGCCUUUGAAACGAUUGAGUUUUGUGGUGACACAUGAAAACGAUCGAUUAGUUUUGGUGAGGAUUCCUGAAGAUUUGCUUAAGAAAGACAAGGGUGAUUUAAUAUUAGAGGUACCAAAUUUGAUUGAGGCUAUAACAAUGAUUGUAGAUAUAACCAAGGAUCCAUCAUUGCUUACCAUUAUUGAUACAACAACGAUUGAACAUCACAUGAAUGGCAAAAAUGGUACUAUUGAGAUUCAGCUAGGUACCCCGGAAAGAAUUCACAAAGACAAAAGUGGACAUUUGCUCAUAGUUGUUUCACCCUAAAUGCAAGGCAAAUGGUAGCAUAUUUUUUUAUUGCAAGAUGUUUUAUACAUUAGGCUCUAAUAUGUAUAAAGUCCCUAUAAUAUUGACUGAGAAAGUAUUAUAAAGUAAUUUUUAUUAACACACGUUACGUGCCUUUUAUAUUUGUUUAUCUAGAGCAUUAUAUACAAAUAUUUAUAUAAGUGCCAUUAUGUGAAAUUGAUUAUAUAAUUUUGUUUUAAUUUUUUAUUUCUAUUUAAACUUAUGUUUAAGUUUUAAAAAUUAAACUUUUGAUUAAAUGUUUCUGUGUGUUGUGUGAA